AUGCAUCAACAUUGGGUUUCAGCUCCAUUAGCAGCUGAGAACAAUUUGUUGGCAGUAAAUGUUGAUAUUCCAAAAGAAGUAAAGCAGGCAUAUAUGAGUGAAGACAUCGAAACAGAAUCAUCUCUGAUAGAAGACAAUUUUGUGCUAUGACAGCUCCUUCGGAAACCAAGGUAUUUUGAUCCUGCAAUGGAGAACUAGGUGACCUGGUCCUGUUGCGGGCAAGAAGGUCAUAGGGCAGUGCAAUGUAGAAUGCAAAAGCGGGGGAAAACAUGCUUGCAUUGUGGCAGUUCUCAGCACAGGCGUUGUAGACAGAGAAAGGCCAGGAAACACCAAGAAAAUAAAUCACAUCCUGAUGCAUGUUUAAGAUGUGGUGGUCCUGGGCAUGAGAUGUUUUCUUGUAGGACUGACUAUUUGCCUGAUGAUCUCAAGGAAAUCCAGUGCUGUGUAUGCAAGAAAUUUGGUCAUCUCUGCUGUCAUGAUUUUCCAGAUUUAUAUCCAACUGAACUUUCUUGUUACAAUUGUGGACAAUCUGGUCAUUUAGGUUCUGUAAGUUGUAUAUUUUACUUGUUCAAAACUGAUGUUCAAGUACAACACCAUGUGUAAAUGUAAAUACUUGAAUCUGGAAAAAAAAUAAAGCAUCUAACAGAGACUAUUCUGUAAGGAAUGCCCCAAUUUGUGUGGAGCAACCAUGAUUCAAGAGAAGCCUCUAUUGUGUGCUACAGAUGGAGAGCAAGGUCCUCUUGCACCAACAUGCAGUAAUCAUGUGAAGGUUUGAUGUUUCUCCAACCUUUACGCAA